AUGGGGGCCAUGGGGGGGAUGGCAGCCAUGGGCGUGCUGCCGGUGGGUGCAGCGAUGCUGCCGCUGCUGCCCACACUGGGGGUGGCGGGCGUGCUUGAGCUGAAGCCGCUGAUGAGGUACAAUGCGAUGCGGCUAGGCCUGGCCUGGAGACACUCGUGCCCCACCAUGCUGUACGCGCCCAACCUGGGCAUGCUCUUUGGUCGCAUCCUGCUGCGCUAUGUCGUUCUGGUGAUGAGCAUGGUCCGUGUGCCCCUCUACACACAGAAAGACCGCAUGGGCAAGCUGCCCAACUUCCUGGCCAACUCCUUUGUUGGAACCGCCAAAUUGCAGCUGCUCUUUGCCCUGAAGAUCUUGAACAUGGUGCCCAAGGAGAAGCUGGCUGAGACGGUGGCUGCCACGCAGAAGGUGAAGAAGCCGCCCAUUGACCAUGCACCGGGGGCAAUGGGCAACCUGGGCUCCAAGUCAGCAAAUGAGCUUAUGGCACAAGCUAAAACAGGCAGUGAAUUAGGAGAUCAGGGUGAACCAGGUGGUGGUGCAGGAAUGUCAGAGUUGGCAGAGCAGGUGCUGGUGGGGCUGGAGAGCCAGGCUGUGGCAGAGCAGCUGGUGGCUAUGCCUGUGGCCGAGGCACUGGAGCAGGCGGUCGCACUGGGAUCAGACGCUGUGAUGCAGCAGCUGGUGGCUGAGGCCAUGAAGUGAUGCUGCUGUGUUUGAGCUUGAUUAAACCUGGGUGAGACCAUAGAGACUUUAACUUCCCAGUGCUGGCUGCAGUUGCUGCCCACAUGAUUCCACUGCCCGGCUGGGAGGGAUUGGGUUUGUCUGAAGCAGGGGAAAGAGAUGUAUUUUUAUG